AUGGACGCGCUCAAUCGGCAGCUAGCCGCCACGGACUGGCCAUUCCACCCAUCCAGAUCUGAGGAUCUGUAUCGAGAUGCGUAUCUAGCACAUCCGGAUCGCUUCGACUGGAGGAAAAGCUGUGGAUCGAUAUUGCAAUCGCCUGGUCGUCAUGCUGCCACAGCCCGCCCACCUCAACGCAGAAGAGCCUCAGCCUCCAUGGUGCGCGGGCAGGAGAGCAAAAUGGCAGCCAAGACCCGACGCACAGCCGAACGCAAGAUGGACGACCGAUCCCUUCGCAUAAGCCGGGAGAAGGCGGCGAGCCUGCUCUCACGCUUCGGCGAACGUGAGCCCAUCCGCCAGCAGGCCAAAUUGUACCGCGACAGAUGGGCCGAGCUGCUGAAUCACGAACGCAUGCAGGAGCUCUACGCCAUCGCAGAGAGACGCAAAGCUCCCAUCGACAAGCUCAUCGAGGAGGGCAUCGCCAUCGAUGGAUUGCAAGGCUAUUGGCAAGACGACAGCAAGCGUCAUUUCGGCAAAAGAGUCGCUGUCUUCAAGCUCGAUGCCGCCGAACCGCUCCCACGGACACUCUUUCGUGCCGGCGACAAAGUCACCAUCAUGCCAUCUGCACCGCAUUUAGCCGCCAGUAAUGAUCCUGCAUCGCUUUUAGAGGACGAGGUCGUGAUCGAAGCCGAAGUUGUCGAGCGACAGCGCAACUUUAUCCGUCUCAAGUUCGACGAGAGCGAUGAAGAUGUCGAUCUUGUUUCGUGCCCUUCGUGGCGUCUCGACUACGGAUUCAACGACUUGACCUUCGAUCGCAUCAAGGCAGCGCUCGAGGCGAUGGACCAUGAUGUUGAACACAUCGAGAACCAGUACGGCUCACGCUUCCAGUACAUCCUUUCCGGCACCCGAUUGAGCGAUGUCAUCCUCGGCAUCGAGGCGCCAUCGGAUCGCGUGAAGAGGGGCGCAUUUUGGGAAGACGCUCGUGUGCAGAGUUGGUACGAUCGAUUCGCUCGCCAAGAUCCGAUCGUCGUCCACGGCGAUCCGUUGCCUCAACUCAACCGCUCACAGACACAGGCUGUGGCCAUGAUGCUUCGUGAGCGCAUCUCUCUCAUCCAGGGUCCUCCUGGCACAGGCAAAACCCGCACCAUUGUGACGGCCAUCAAGUUGCUCAAACAGGACUUCAAAGUACCGCAUCCGAUCAUGCUCGCCGCGCACACCAACGUUGCCGUCGACAAUCUUGCGGACGGCUGCAUCAAGGCCGGGCUGCGCGUUGUGCGUAUCGGACCAUCGGCACGUGCCAGGGCAGGUAUCGAUCAGCACACGCUUGACGCCUACUUCUUGCGUCAUCCGGGCAAGCAACGUCUCGAUCAGAUCAAGAGGCAGCUCGAUACGCUCGACAGGCUCAAAAGCGAAUACGAGAUGGGUCGUAUGGGCGCAUUGGGCACGAGCACAGCAUCUGCUUUACGAGAAGAGGCCGACCAAGACGAGGCUGCAAUCGGCCAAGCCGAAGCGCCGAGCUGGGAGGACAUGAUGGCAGAGCGAGAAGAAGAGCGCGAGGCCGCACAGCCUCAGGGCGGCACCGCAUCGGAAGAAUACGAGGCUAUCAAGAAGCAGCUGAGUCGUCUCAAGGCCACGUACUUCUUCCUUCGCGCCUCGAUUCGCGGGGAGAUUCUCAACGGCGCCGACGUCAUCUGCGGUUCAGCUAUUGCGGCAGGCUCUCCCGAGCUAGACAUGAUCGAUCUACCGGUCGUGUUCUUCGACGAGGCAUCCAUGGCCACCGAGCCGGUCUCGCUCGUGCCGCUCAUGAAGGGGUGCAGGCAUCUGUCCAUCAUUGGCGAUCACAAGCAGCUGCCUCCCGUGGUCACGAGCACGGAAGCCAAACAAGGUGGGCUCUCGCGCAGUCUCUUCGAGCGACUCAUCCACAGCGGCAACGGCAUUCCAUCCACCAUGCUCAACGUGCAAUUCCGAAUGCAUCCCAGCCUAGCUGAUUUCCCCAAUAAGACCUUCUACGACGGCGCGUUGCAGAACGGAGAGGGCACAGAGCUGAUCCCGCCUGUCGACUCGAGCUACUGGCCCUCUGUCGCGGGAUGCUCAAACGAAGACGCACGACGCCUCUGUUUCAUCGACCACAAGGGACGCGAGACCAAAGCUGCCGACUCGACUUCGUUGUGCAACACAUCCGAGGCGCGCAUCGUGCUCGACAUGGCGAUCGAUCUGCUUCAGCGAAACCCAGACUUGAGCGGAGACGACAUCGGCAUCGUCACUCCGUACGCGGGACAGCAGGUGUUGCUGGAAAAGAUGCUGCAUAACGAAACGUCCCAAGCUCGUCAACAGGCUGCCAGCAUCCUCGAGACACGAUCUUCGGAGCUGGGCAGCAUCGACAUUCACACGGUCGACGGAUUCGAGGGCCGCGAAAAGAAGGUCAUUCUCUUCUCGACGGUGCGGACCAACGCGCAGGGCUACGUCGGCUUCCUGGCUGAUGGCAGGCGACUCAACGUGGCGCUCACCAGAGCCCAAAGUGCGCUGUUUGUGAUCGGUAACAUUGACACUUUUAAAAAGGCUCAGCUCAGCGAAGCUGCUUACAGCCGUGUCGAGAGCCCGAAUCUCGAAGCACUGCAAAAUUACGCGGCGUACUUGGAGAAGCGAGGCGCCGUUGUGAGUCGCGACGGAUCCGCUGCAGACAACGAGCUAAAUGAGGUGGACGAGGAGGAAAUCGUGGACAGCGACGCAGUCGAGGCAAGGGAGACGGAUGCCGAUGCGGCCGACUGGCAGCACGUGCUCGCCGAACGCGAUGCCGCUUAG